AUGGAUAAGAGAUGCGUCCAUGAUGUUGUUCUUUCAGUUGGUUCUUCCCGAAUUCCCAAGGUGCAGCGGUUGUUGCAAGACUUCUUUGAUGGGAAGGAACUUUGCAAGAGCAUUAAUCCCGAUGAGGCUGUAGCUUAUGGAGCAGCUGUUCAAGCUUCAAUCUUAACUGGUAUGAGAAAUGGGAAACUUCAAGACAUCGUGCUCUUGGAUGCCACCCCUCUCUCCCUUGGUGUAUCAGUUCGCAGAACAGAGAUGUCUGUUUUGAUUCCAGGAAAUAAUGCUAUUCCCACCAGGAAGGAGGGGUUCUUCACCACCACCGCACCAUGGUUGACAAUCAAACUUCUGUACACGGUUCAGCCACAGCAUAAGCAGCUUCACAGGUUUGAGGAAAGAUGGGCGACUCAUGAAGGGUGUGAGGAAAAUAUCAAGGAAGCAUGGUCCUAG